GCUGUUUGCUCUGAGGUGUGCGCGCGCAGCCGGAAGAACGUUGUUGUGUUGCCCUGUUCCCUUGUCAGCUCCAGACAUGUCUGUCCUGUGGUUGUCUGCUUCUACCAGCAGAUGUGUACUUUCUAAGAGUCUAACUGUGGAAUCUGCUUUUAGAGGGUGGUCACGGGCGGCCAGCGGAACGCUGAAGGACAAGGAGCCGCUGAAGAAAGCUAAAACCCCGCAGGGUCGGUUUGACAGCCCCGAGGAGAAGAGCAAAGAUGUUCUGGAAAAGUUCCCUGACGAUGUGAACCCUGUAACCAAGGAAAAAGGGGGUCCUCGGGGUCCGGAGCCCACCCGCUACGGAGACUGGGAGAGAAAGGGCCGCUGUGUCGACUUCUAGAUCAUUACCCAAACAGUGUCACUUUCUGCACCGUUGAGUUUUUGUUGUUGAAAGGUCUGAUGCAGUUUUAUAUCUUAAGUGUAUCCUGUCUGUUAAUGUUGCUGUGUGUUAAUGCAUUUUGUUCAGGGGGUCAUGCUCAUUAAACAAAAUAUUAUCAAAAUCACUUGAAAUACUUGAAUCUCAAAGACAUGUUUUGCACAUUAAUGGUUUUGUUGCAGGUGAGAGUGAGACAUGGUUCAGAGUACUGGAACUGCAAGCUCAUAAUAAAAUGAAAGAAGAUUUUGCUCAUUAAA